AUGGCCUCGUCCUCAUUGGUGCUUCGAGCUUCGAGGCUCGCUGCGCCGUCCACGAGUGCAGCUGCGGCCCCUGCGGCCCCCUCCUCGACGCUCAUGCAGCAGCAACAGACUCGCAAUAUCUUCUGGACCCGCUCGCGCAAGAACGACAAGGCAGCAGCCGUGCUCCAGGCCGCCCAGAACGAUGCGCAACCACAGCUGCCACCCCCAGAUAGCAACGGCAACGGCAAGAAGAAGGGCGGUUUCUUCCGCACCGUUCGACGCACCUUCUACGUGAUCGCGCUCGGUAGUCUCGGAACGUACGCAUACUUUGUCUACCAAGGCCGUCACCCGCCCGAUCAACUCCCGCAGGACCCUACCAAGAAGACCAUCGUCGUCCUCGGCAGCGGCUGGGGAUCCACCUCGCUGCUCAAGAACAUCGACACGGAAGAGUACAACGUCGUUGUGAUCUCGCCGCACAACUACUUCCUCUUCACGCCUCUGCUGCCUUCCGUCACCGUCGGCACACUCGACGGCCGCAGCAUCGUCCAGCCUACCCGUCACACCACUCGUUUCAAGACGCGCGAGGUCAAAGUGUACGAGGCCGAUUGCGAGUACAUCGACCCGGUCAACAAGACGGUCACGUUCGAGGAUUGUAGCGAGAUCAAGGGCUCCGUUUCCAAGGUCACCAUCCCAUACGACUACCUCGUCUACUCGGUCGGCACGGAGAAUCAGACGUUCGGCAUCGAGGGUGUCAAGAAGCAUGCCUGCUUCCUCAAGGAGCUCAACGAUGCCGAAAAGAUCCGCGCCCGCUUGAUCGACUGCGUCGAGAGCGCUGCCAUCAAGGGCCAGUCUGACGAGGAGAUCGACCGUCUGCUGCACAUGGUGGUCGUCGGCGGUGGUCCUACGGGCAUCGAGUAUGCGGCCGAGCUGCGCGACUUUGUCGAGUCGGAUCUGAUCAGAUGGUACCCUGAGGUGGCAAACAAGCUGCGCGUGACGCUCAUCGAGGCUCUGCCCAACAUUCUGCCCAUGUUCUCGCAGACGCUCAUCAAGUACACCGAGUCGACAUUCAAGGAGAACUCGAUCGACAUCCUCACCAAGCACAUGGUCAAGGACGUCGACAAUCGCGACGUGCUGGUCAAGACACCCUCGGGCGAGGAGAAGAAGAUCCCCUACGGUCUGCUCGUGUGGGCUGCCGGAAACACGGCUCGACCUUUGACGCGUCAGCUCAUGGCGUCGCUGCCGGAAGCGCAAAAGAAUCGCCGUGGUCUCGACGUGGACGACCACAUGCGUCUCAAAGGAGCCGAGGACUCGAUCUUUGCGCUCGGCGAUGCCACCGCCACCCAAUUCGCUCCUACCGCCCAGGCCGCCUCACAACAGGGCGCCUACCUUGCGCGCGUCUUCAACCAGCUCGCCCGCCUCAACCUCCUCGAAGGCAAGCUCGAGGAAGCCAAGAAGAACAACGCCGACGCCUCCGAGCUCAGCGGUCUCGAGCGACAGAUCGAAAAAGCCGCCAAGAUCCGCCCCUUCAAGUACUCGCACCAGGGCUCGCUCGCUUACAUUGGCUCCGAGAAGGCCAUCGCCGAUAUCCCCUUGCUCGGCAACAACCAAAUCGCGUCGGGUGGUGUCGUAACCUUCAUGUUCUGGCGCUCGGCGUACAUGUCGAUGCUCUUCUCGCUCCGCAACCGUUCGCUUGUGGCGGCCGACUGGUUCAAGGUCUUCCUCUUCGGUCGUGAUGUGUCGCGAGAGUGA